AUGCCGGUCCUCAAACCACUAAAGUUCCAGAAAAAGAAGCCCGUGGCCUGCCAACGAUGCCACGCGCACAAGGUCAAAUGCUCCGGUGACCAGCCUUGUUCCCGAUGCCGCAAUGUCGGUCGGGGCGAAGAAUGUCAGUACUCGCUGCGUGACCGCAAACUAAAGAUCAACGAGAGUUAUCUCGACCAGAUUCUUGCGGAGAAUGAUCAACUACGAGCGCAAGUACAGCACUCGCGUCAGGCUUCUAGUAGUUCGGAUAUAGCGUCAGGCUUUAAUCAGGCUCAACGGCGAGAAUCCAGUACUCCGCCGGUUCGGAAUCCACUUCUCGGAGACCGCGCUUGGUUUUAUCCCUAUGACCCCUCCGCACCACCAAUCUAUAUGGGCGAAGCAGCAUGUACAACAUUUGCAACGCGCCUGCGCCAAUACCUCACUGGUAACCCUGGGACAGCGCACAUAGCGCGAACGCAAUAUACACCCGAAUCAGCGCUGGUAGAAGCAGAAACGCAAUGGCCGCGUCUCCCGCAGGCUCGAUUACUCGUCCGUGUAGCAUUCAACCAGCUCAGCCGGGUGUAUCAUCUCGUUCUGCGCAAAACGACCCUCGACCAACUGGAAGAUCUGUACAAGUUUCCACAAAAGAGGGAGGAUCCGGCGUGGACGGCCAAGUUCUUUGCGCUGUUUGCGCUGGGAGAGGUUUAUUCGUCGAGGGCGGGGUCGGCGGCUACGGCUGGGGGGAGGGUUCCGGGGACAGGGUACUAUGUGCAGGCUAUGGGGUUGAUGUCUAUUUUGCCUGAGAGGCCGGGAGUUGUGCAUAUGGAGAGCUUACUACUCUUGUCCCUAUUCUCAUACUUCCUUAAUCGCCGCCACUCCGGGUACACACUGAUCGGGACUGCUAUGCGCAUCGGCCUGAUUCUAGGCCUAAACCACAACAUUCCCGAACGCCAAUGCCCCGAUCCCAUCGAGCGCGAGCAUCGCGUCCGCAUAUGGUGGGCUGUAUACAUCUUCGACCGCAUGUGGGGAUCGAAAACUGGCUUUCCUCUGCAAAUUCGCGAUGAGGAUAUCCAUGUUGAUUUGCCGAAAGAGGUGUCUUCCCCCGCGGCUGCGGAGCAAUUCUCAGAUACUGCGUAUUUAGUGGCGAGUGUGCAGCUGGCAAGGAUCGUAGGAUUGAUUGUUGAGAAGAUAUAUAGCCGGAAGGAGCACAGGGAGUCGUUUCUACAGAGGGAGCAGCACUUACUAUUGGCGUUGCAGGGAUGGAUGCAGGAUUUGCCGGCGCAUAUACGGUUACCAGCGGAUGAAGGGCCUCCGGCAAAGCAUAUUGUUUCGUUGCAUUUGCAGUUCAAUCAGUGCGUGAUCCUCGCCACCCGCCCCAUCCUCCACCACGCCCUCUACCAACACUACGGCACCCACAAGAACAAACAACCCCAAAUGCCCCAGGCAGUAGUAACCCUCAGCGAAGCUUGCAUCCACGCCGCACGACAUUCACAUGCCCUCGUCGUUGACGAAUGGAUCAACGGUUCUCUCCCCAUGUACGGCUACUUCUACGCACAGUACCUCUUCUCAUCAACUCUGACACUAGUAAUCUCGAGCCUCCUGGGAUCAAGUACCAUUGGCAAUACCACUGACAUUGAAACCCUCGAGACCGGGAUCGAGAUUCUACACAGAAUGACAGAUCAUGGGAACCUUGCUGCUGCGGAGUUCUAUGAGAAUCUCAUACGGGUUAAACAGACUCUCAAUCAAAGCGCAAACCUCGCAGAUAAAGACCAGUGUGAAUCCCAUAUCCACGAGCAUAACAGUAACAGCAGCAUCUAUAACACCCCAGAUGCAAUCGUGGAUCUACCCGACCUCCCCAACACCUCUACAACACCUGGAAUCGGAUUUACCACGGAAAUGGCGUUUCUGGAACCUACUAUGCAGGAUUUUCUGGGGUGGUCGGGGAAUGAGAUGGAUUUGGUGCAGCCGGGAGGGCUUUCGUUUGGCGAGUUGGAUAGUUGGCCUACGUUGUGGACAUCAUGA